AUGCGGGAUGCAGGAUGCAAGAUGAGGGAUGCGCGGCAGCCCGUCUGUCCGCCUGUCCGUCUGUCCGCCUGUCCGUCUGUCCGCCGCCACCCCGCUAUGCCCCCGUCCGCCCUGCCCUGGCUGCUCGCCGCCUGCUGCCUCUGCGCCCUCCCGCGGGGCUCAGGAUUCCCUCAGCCUUUCUCGCGCUACCGGGACAGCGUGGACCUGCCCCAAAGCCAGCAACUGGCGCUGUGUUUCAGUCAAUGGAUGGAAGUGUCUGACCAACCCCAGAUCUCCAGCACUAUUUUGGAUCUUUGUUAUUCCAUAUUCAACAGUCUGCAUACAAAUGAGGAAUUACAGACUGCUGCUGCAAAGUUUACAAAGAAGGAUAGUCAUGGGACCCUGGGACGGCCUUUUUUCCUUUUCAGGCCUCGUAAUGGAAGAACUAUUGAAGGCAGUGAGUACCAUGGAAUAUGA